CAGGGGACUUAGCGCCCCAGCCUAAAUCUACGGGGGCUUGCGGAGUGGCGCCGUCGCUCAUUGGCCAGGCCAUUUCCUACCUACUUUUUUUUUUUCCUUUAGCGCAGCCAACUUCGCGACGCCCGAGGAAUUUAGUCCCUCCCCCGAGCAACCUCGUCGCCUCGCAAUGGUCCCGGCGCUGGGCUUCCCACUCUCCCCAGCCCUCGUCUUCCGCCGCGCAGACCGAAACCCUUAGAACGUAGCGCGCCAGGCGCCCCCCUCCCCCCCUCCCCACCAUGUCCGACGCCGACCCACCGCAGUCCGCCUGCCCCGUCGACCACAAGGGCAGGGAGGCGUGGCUGUCCCAGGCGCGAGCCGCGUCCGCCGCCGCCUGCCCCGUCGACCACGGCGCGCGCGAGGUGUGGCUGCAGCACGCCGCGCGCGCCUCCCCCUCGCCCUCCUCCUCCUCCUCCUCCGCGCCGCCGCCGCCUUCGUCGUCGUGGACGUCCUACCUGCCGCGCCUGUCCUUCUUCGACCGGCCUCGCGCCUCGCCGCCUCCGCCGCGGGCCCCGCGCUCGCUCGCCACCGAGCGCGAGGUCUCGACGAUACCGCGGCUGGGGGCCGAAGCAGCCGCCGCCGCUCCCCCCGCCGCCCCGCCGCCCAACCGCGAGCGCGACACCGGCGCCGACCCCGCGUCCGGCAACUGGGUCUACCCGUCGGAGCGCAUGUUCUUCGACGCGAUGAAGCGCAAGGGCCACGACCCGCGGGCCGCCGACAUGCGCGCCGUUGUGCCCAUCCACAACGCCGUCAACGAGCGCGCCUGGGCCGAGAUCAAGGCCUGGGAGGAGCCCUGGCUGCGCGGGUCGAGCUGCCGCGGCCCGCGCCUGCGCUCCUUCGCCGGCCGAAGCGCGCACAUGUCCCCCCGCGCCCGCCUCAACACCCUCCUCGGCUACCACGCCCCCUUCGACCGCCACGACUGGGUCGUCGACCGCUGCGGCACCGAGGUCGAGUACGUCAUCGACUUCUACGCCGGCCGCCCGACCGCCGCCGCCGCCGCCGCCGGUGCCGCUGCCACCCCCGACGCCGACCCCGGAAAGCUCUCCUUCUACCUCGACGUCCGCCCCAAGCUCAACAGCUGGGAGGGCGUCAAGAUGCGCGCCCUGCGCGCCCUCGGCCUGACCUAGUCUGCGCCUGCGCUGACGCGAGCGAGCGCGUCGUGGGAGGGCGGCGAGUGGGGCGAGCGCAGUGAGCGAGUGUCUUCAAGGUGUCGCUACGUAGCAUGAUUGGUAUCUGGAGUCUGGAGUUCUCCGCAUAUAGAGUGGGCGGGGUAGAUCGUCUUCGCCGUCAUUGUUGACGUCGUUCUUACACUCAUCUUCAAAUCACGUGUCACAUGUCAUACUCUUUAUCCUACUUUUUGAAAAAAAAAAAAGUUCAUGAAUUGCCCUUCUCUAUUCCCCUCUCUAUCUAU